CAGGCCGCGGCCUCCUGCCGCCGCCAUCCGCGCAGGCCGCGGCCUCCUGCCGCCGCCAUCCGCGCAGGCCGCGGCCUCCUGCCGCCACCAUCCGCGCCGGGAGCGGACUCCUGGCGCCGCCGCCGCCGUCCGCGGACGGCCCCUGACAAUAGCCGCCGCCGGGCCCCACCUCCACGCACCCCGCGUCCCUCCUCCGCCGGCAACCCGCUCGCCCCACGCCCUCCUCUCGCCCUCGCAGGCGCCGUGUCCGACUCCGGCCUCCCCGACGAGCGCGGGUCGCCGGUUCUCCGCUGCUCCGCCAUCUCCUACAGCCGACGUCGGACGCACGCCCCGCCAUCAGGCUCAGGCGCAUUGGAGGCAGCCAUCCUACCUCGUUCGGCCUCCCAUCGAUGCUGCCGUCGCCGCUCCAGGACCCUCCGACGACCAGAUCUGGUCAGCGGAGGGGGCGCCCCCCCUCUCGCAUGCCGCUUCACCUCUCCUCGUCUCCUCGCGCAAGCCGCCUCCUCGAUGGCAUUCUGGAGGCCAGAGAGCGGCCUGAGGACGACGACGUCGGCGUCGAGGUAGACGCUGCCCCAGCCUGGCGACGCCGACGCCACAGGCCCCCCGAUCCAGAUCCAGCAAGGAGGGAGGGAAGGAGAAGGCCCCGGCCAAGUCCGGAGGUGGAAGAAGAAGAAGAAAGUGGAGCAAGGGCAAGCAGAAGGAGAAGGUCAACAACGCCGUGCUCUUCGACCAGGCCACCACCUACGACAAGCUGCUCUCCGAGCUUAUCUGUAAGAAAAGCAUAUGCUAUUUCAGAACUAAAAAUGAUGUUGAUUCUGCUAUUUCAAAAAUCAAUUCAGGCUUGGUUGUUGGUGGAAGGUGACAGCGAGGGUAGUGCUGCACGGCAGCAGAGCAGCGGCGAAUUAUGGAAGGAAGAAAAGACAAAAGAAUGGCAUAUCAGAGCAACCAGUAAGCAAGCACGAUUGGUGAGCCAGAUACCAUUCUGUAUUCUCUUUUACCAUAUUGAUUUUUUUGCUUUUCAUUUGCUGUGAAAUGCUCUGAAUAAAAGCAUGAGUGUUUUUAUGUUUACUACAAUAGAUUACAAUAUUUCUUCUCUCGGGAAAUGUCAUAAUAAUGCUUUGGCAGGGUAGGGCAGGUGCAUUCUCUUAUGGGAGUGACCAUCUGUGAGCGAUUUUAGUUGUAUCUCUGCUUGUGAUUGAAAUAAUGACCUGAAGUGGAUUUUAGGGUAGGGCAGGUGCAUAGAGUUUCCAAACCUAUGUUUAUGGGUUCUUACUCUGAUUCGUUGAAUGGAUCUGCAAUAUUAAAUAAUGGAGGUAGUGAAGAAUAUAUUGUGAACCACAUUUCUCUUAAUAUAUUGUAUCAUGUUUUUGGCCAGGAUGUUUUUCUGUACAAUUGUCCAUUGAAGUAUUUUUUUAAUGCAUGUUUCUUUUUGCAUUACUGGGCAAGUUUGCAGUCAGGGUCUUGAUCAAGAAAUGCUCCCCUCUGACAUAUAUUAUCUUUUGGUUGUUUUCAUGUGCAUGCUUCAACUGACACAGAGCUUAUAGGAGCUUUGAUGGACUUGUCUUGCUGGCCAGGCAACAGCAACAGCAACAGCAACAGCAUCGCUGUUUUUUGGAGUCCCUCUUGAUAGUUGUUGCUGAAUUGUCUGUUUUCCCCCAUGCUACCACAUUAAUGCAGACCUUUUAUUGACUGGGCUUCCUACUGCUACGCUAUGGUUAGUUUUUUUUUUGAGUGUGCUAAACUUUUUCUAUUUCUUAAAUUGUUAAUCCUGCUGUUUACUUUUGAUUCUGGAAAGAAGUCGAGGAGGCUAUCCAUCAGGUUUAAGAGGUGACAAAGCCUUUUGCAGCACAGAGUGCAGGGAGAAUUUCAUGGAAAAUGAGAUGGAAGAAGGUGAACCCAUGAUAGAUCAUCUUGCACCUCCGAGCAGUUCACCUUUGGACAAUGGUCCUAUUUUCCAACUGAUCCGUUGAGUGAAAAUUAGCAACAACUUGAUAUGGUCGUAUCUGAAGUGCUGUCUGAGGUUAAUAAGUUGCAGCCAUGGAUGUGAUCAUGUUUGCGGAGUUGUUGCCUGAAGAUUUUGUUUGUGCAGCUUACCUCACCUAUUGAUUUCUUUGUUUUGCGUACUAGGAUCCUCAAUUUUUUUGGAGGACUUCGAAGAAUGACUAUAUCUCUGGUCAUAUUAUUAUCUUGAUCAGAGAGGGGCGUGCGUGUCUGAACUUGAGUUUGGCUGUUUGGACCUCAUUUUCAGUGGCUGUCGGAUGUUCGACACUUGUGUUACUAUCAUGUAUCUGAACCUAUGUUUUCAGUAUGUAUUUCGGAAAGGAAAUGGUAAACUAUGAUAUCAAUAAA